AUGAAUACAAUAAUAGAGAUCAUGCGUGUGUAUAUGUAUAUGUAUAUUUUAACUACUGAAAAUGAAAGCAUUGCCGCUAAAUUCGGAAGAAAAAGUGUUGAACCAACAACAACAACAGCAAAAACAGCAGCAGCAGCAGCACACAAUCCAAUCCAAUUUCAUACAAAGAUACGAGCCCUAAUUCCCCCCUUUUCAUUCUCCCCCUGUUUGUUCUCUAAUUAACCUCUUUAAGAAUAUUAUUUACACUCCAAUUUGGAUGAAAGUUAACAUUUUUAUGAGUUUUUGGUGCUUGAAACACGAGGGUUUGUUUCUUUUUGUUCGAACCUUUGUUGAUUGAAGUAAUCAAGUUGUGGAUCUGGUGUGGGUUUGAUGUUUGAUGAUUGAUUCUGCAAUUGGUUAGCUAAAGUUUGUUACUUUUAUAUAAUUUCAAAAGAAGAAAAAGAUAGUGAUUUGUGUUGUGUAUAUACAUUUCUAAAUUGAGAUGUGUGUUGAUUUCAAGAUGGUCUUUUUGUUGCUUUCUUGAAUCUUUUUCAUCCAUAGAAGAAAACCCAAGUUGUAUUUUUUAUUACAGUUUUUGGGUUCUAUAGUUUUCGGUUUUUUAAUUACUUUAGUUUCUUGACAUAGGAUAUGUUACAUACUGAUAAUUCACUACUAGAUUUGGGUCAUUUGGUUAAGUUUGUAUCUUGGAUUUAUUGGGGAAAAAGUGAUAUAACAAGUGAUAUAAGUUCCGUGUUUGGUGAAGUCAACAUGGCUGAUGUUGGUCAAACCAUAUGUUGUGAAUGCGGAUUGAGAGUUUCGGAGUCUUGCGUUGGUUACCACUGUCAAACGUGUAGCCGCGUGUUUUGUGAGGGUUGUGUGCGAGUUUACGGUUCGUUUGUUGUUGUUGAUGAGUUAAAAAGUGGCGUAAAAUCGGAGCUUGAUAUCCGAUCGUGCAAGUUUUGUGGCGGUUUUGAGAUUAAACAGAAAUUUGGGGGCAAGUUUUGUCAUAAGAUACAUCCGUGUGAUUCGCCCCGACAAAGCCCUAAACUAUCGUCACCGGAUUAUUCCGGUGAGAGAUUUGAUGGGUCUUCGCUUAAAGCAGUGUCUGUUUGCCGCUCCACGGGCAGGAGUAAUGAAGAUGAUGGAGAAUAUUCUUCAAAAAACAUCAUCAGCCCGUAUAGUCUUGACAGCUCAGAUGUCGAUUCUAGUAGUGUCAAUACCCGACACGAUUUUUACCAUUUCAUGUCUGUCGGUUCGAGCCCAUCCGACAGCCCAUGUAGGACCCACUUUACUUCCACUAGACAUAGCUAUUCUGUACAUACCGAUGACCAGGGAAUUCCUACGUCUAUAACCGAUGGUCAAAGUCCCUUUGACCACAAACCGUUGGUGCCUGUUUUAAAAAGCCACCAACAUACAACUACUAACGACGAUUUACCAACAUUUAGGGACCAAUACGAGCCGUUGGAUCUUGAAAACAAUGGUCUUAUUUGGUUUCCUCUACCGUUACAUGACGACGACGACACCGGUUUCUUCUCAUAUGCUGACGAUGACGAUGAAAUGGGAUCCGGUGGUGACGUUUUUUCAUCAAGUGACACGCUUAUGAGUGUUCUUUCAGAAAGUGGCAAAAGUUUCGAGCAUAAAAAACCCUUGGAAAACGUAGUGCAGGGUCAUUUUCGGGCGCUUGUAUCUCAGCUACUGCAAUCGGAAUACGUGGCGGCAGAUGAUUGGCUUGAUAUUAUAACGUCUUUAGCAUGGCAAGCUGCUAACUUUGUGAAACCGGAUACUAGCCGAGGUGGCAGCAUGGAUCCUGGCAAUUACGUAAAGAUUAAAUGUAUAGCAUCGGGACGCCCUAACGAAAGCGUGUUUGUUAAAGGAGUAGUUUGUACGAAAAAUAUAAAACACAAACGCAUGACCUCGCAAUACAAGAACCCGAGAUUGCUUAUAUUAGGGGGCGCGCUCGAGUAUCAACGGACUCAUAAUCAUCUGGCUUCUAUUGAGACGCUACUGCAGCAGGAAAUUGACCAUUUGAAGAUGAUUAUAUCAAGAAUAGAGGCUCGUCGUCCAAAUGUGCUACUAGUUGAAAAGAGUGUAGCUUCAUACGCACAAGAGUAUCUUUUAGCCAGAGAGAUUUCAUUGGUUUCAAAUAUCAAACGGCCUUUAUUGGAGCGUAUUGCAAGGUGUACAGGCGCUUCUAUAACUCCAUCUGUAGAUAAGAUCGGCACCACACGUUUAGGCCAAUGUGAGCUAUUUCGGUUGGAAAAAUUCACCCAACACCAUGAAGGCGUCAGUCAGCUCACCAAGAAACCAUCCAAGACAUUGAUGUUUUUCGAUGGUUGUCCCAGGCGGUUAGGUUGCACGGUUGUGCUAAAAGGCUCUUGUAAGGAAGAACUAAAGAAAGUCAAACAUGUUGUUCAAUAUGCUGUCUUUGCUGCGUAUCAUUUAUCGCUAGAAACGUCUUUUCUGGCAGAUGAGGGUGCCACUUUACCUAAAAUGACGAUAAAGCCCUCGGAAGUUACCGACUUUCCCAAACCCGAUGAACAUGACGUUGCAGUUGCUGUUGACGAUCAUACGAUGAUGAAUAGAAAUGUCAUAUCUAACCCUGUUGUCGUGGAAGAAAGAAUACCAUCUGAAUCAACCAAAAGAGUUGAAGUAACUGAGGAUUCAAAUGAAUAUUAUUCAGCAACGGAUAAUAGCCAGAGCAUAUUAGUUUCGUUUUCUAACCGAUGUGUGUUGAAUGGUACCGUAUGCGAAAGAUCGAGACUUUUGCGUAUAAAGUUCUAUGGAUGCUUUGAUAAACCACUCGGGAGGUACCUCCAAGAUGAUCUUUUUGAUGAGACAUCAUCAUGCCGAUCUUGCAACAAACCAGCUGAAGCCCAUGUGAUAUGCUAUACUCACCCGCAGGGGAAUUUAACAAUUAAUGUUAAACGACUUCCGUCCCUGAACCUACCCGGGGAGAAAGACGGAAAGAUAUGGAUGUGGCACAGGUGUCUCCGGUGUCCCCCGGUGAACGGGGCCCCACCCGCGACCCCUCGUGUCGUUAUGUCCGAAGCUGCAUGGGGUCUUUCGUUCGGGAAAUUUUUGGAACUUAGUUUUUCAAAUCACGCAACGGCUAAUCGAAUUGCGGGCUGCGGUCAUUCUCUGCAAAGAGACUGCCUUCGUUUCUACGGCUUGGGGAAUAUGGUGGCGUUUUUCCGCUAUUCUUCGAUCGAUAUUCUUUCCGUUCGUUUGCCGCCAUCUGUACUACAGUUUGGUGGCCAUGUUCAACAGGGUUGGUUAACGAAAGAAGCCGUAGAGGUUUUGAGCAAGACAAAAACGUUCUACAACGAGAUAUCUGAUGCGCUACGUGAGACCGAACAGAAGUGUAUUUCCGGUGGUGAUAAACAUGAGGUCUCGGAUACAAGCGAGUUACGUGAACAAAUCGAGGAGUUGAGAAAAGAUUUGAUCAAAGAAAGAGAUGUAUACAUCGGCCUGCUGCAACCAUGUGGUGAAGACGGUGUGACGGAAAUCGAUAUUUUCGAACUCAACCGUUUGAGACAUUCGCUGACGAUCAGUUUGCAGGUUUGGGAUCGAAGACUCAAGUCUUUAGAUUCUUUCGAUGCAAAGAAGUCAAAUGUUGAGGUCAAACUUGAAAGAAGUUAUUCGACUAUUGAAGAUAUUGUUGACCAUAGUCAUGCAGCGGUUGACCCGGAGUUUGAUCAAAUUGACCAGGGGGAAGAGACUGCAUUGUUUGAUGAAGGGCAUGCAUCGUUUUUAUCUGACAAGAUUGACUCUGCAUGGACCGGACUGUUGACCCGACCCGAGAAUCCACGUUUCAGAAGGUUCACUUCCACUCCUGCUCGCGUUUACUCCUUUGAUUCCGCCAUGACUCUCCAAGAAAGAAUGAAGGAUGAAGAAUCAAGAAAUUACACGCGGGAAGAAGUCAAAGUCGAAGUCAAAGAUCCUAUUUGCAACAUACACAGGAGUUACUCACAAGUUCUCCCCAACGAUGAUCAGAAGUUAGGAUUCUUAUGGAGUUCAAGUUCAAAACCGCUCUUUUCCCGAACGUCUUUUCUCCCUGACGGGGGCCGUUUGAUUUGUGGUCAACACGUAGUGGUUGCGGUUUACGAAAACGAGCCGACAAGCAUAAUAUCUUACGCGCUUGCUUCUAAAGAAUACGGAGACUGGUUUACCGAUAAACCGUAUCUCAAUCGAAAUCAUUCGGUAGCUUCAAAGCUUUCAGCUUGGCAAUCUUUUGGCUCUAAUAACGAUUUUGACUACACGCGUUACGGUAGUUACGGUGCAGAUGAUCCGUCAUCUUCGGUCCGAUUGUUGUAUACCGAGCCCAAAAGCUCUCAUCAUUUAACAAUUCAUUUCGACGACGAAACGGGACCCGGUGGAAAAGUCAAAUUCUCGGUCACGUGUUAUUUCGCGAAGCAAUUUGAUGGUCUUAGGAAGAAAUGUUGUCGUAGUGAAAUAGACUACUUGCGAUCGUUGAGCCGAUGCAAGAAGUGGGAUGCACAAGGAGGGAAAAGCGGGGCUGAGUUCGCAAAAUCGUUAGAUGAACGGUUUUUAAUAAAGGGAGUUACAAAAACCGAGCUAGAUUCGUUUGAGGAAUUUGCACCGCAAUAUUUCAAAUACUUGACCGAUUCGCUGAACACUGGAAGCCCGACCUGUCUUGCUAAAAUCGUCGGUAUUUAUCAGGUUAAUGUGAAGCAUUUGAGAGGUGGGAAAGAGUCGAAAACGAUUGUGAUGGUGAUGGAGAAUUUGUUUUUCAAGAAAAACAUCUCUCGAGUUUACGAUCUAAAAGGGUCCGCAAGAUCGCGUUAUAACUCGGAUAUUACCGGGACGAUGCUCGAUAUGAACUUAUUGGAAGCCUUGCGUACGAAUCCACUCUUUCUUGGAAGCAAAGCUAAGCGGAACCUCGAACGAGCUGUCUGGAAUGACACAUCUUUCUUAGCGUCGAUUGACGUGAUGGAUUACUCAUUGUUGGUUGGAGUCGAUGAAGAGAAUAAAGAACUGGUUCUAGGUAUUAUCGAUUUCAUGCGACAGUAUACAUGGGAUAAGCAACUCGAAACAUGGGUUAAAGCAUCCGGGAUUCUCGGUGGCCCCAAGAACGCGUCACCAACGAUCAUAUCUCCAAAACAGUACAAACGAAGGUUCCGAAAAGCCAUGACCAGUUAUUUUCUUACUGUGCCGGAUCAAUGGUCGUUGUGACGAGAUAUCGCGGUUAUAAACUUAUAAUCUAUUAUUCAUUUGUAUACAAAUGUAGCAAGCAGGAAAAUAUUUGUAUAUGUGAGGCCUAUGACAUGAAUUAAAUGAAAAUGUUCAUGAAAUAAAUAGGCUCAUUCUAUUUUCACCCCCCCUAUUUACUAAUUACACCCCCCUAUCAAAAACAUCACAUCAAUCAAUUAUUUGGUUUUUGUU